AUGGCGCCUCGAAGCUGGAUCGCAGUUGCCAUGAGCUUGGCCUCGCUGGCCGCAGCAUCUUGGCCUGACCCGCCCCUGUCGGGCCAUGACUUUGACUUUUCGGCGGACUUCAAGGGUUCCCAGGACGGGCCCAAGACGUCGUCGAAAAGCAGCGAUGCAAUCACAUUUUCUACAGAGAAGCGCCCGGCGCCGGGCGACAUCAUCCAAGCGAACUCGACCCUCUACAGCCCCGCCGUCAUCACGCUACUGAAGCCAGACGACUCGGCGCGCAGCGCACGCUACAUUGCCUUUUUCGAAGUCUCCUUCAUCCCGACGACCGAUACGCUCGACGAUGUCAUCUACUCGUACCCCUGGAUUCGGUCGAACCUGACGGUGCAUGACUCGGGCGAGCUGGCGACGACCAGCGACACGGUCAGCCACAUCGCCGUGUCGCCCGAGAUUGACGGCGGCGAGGUGCGCAACGCGACGAUCCAGGUGUGGCGGCAGGACGACAACCUGGAGCGCUACAUUGACUCGGUCGAGAACGGGCGGAUCCCGAUGCCGCUCGUGUUCGCACUCUCCCAGGUCUUCACCAACACGACGGACGACGUCUCGUACGGCUUCAAGCGCGCCAGCAUCGACUUCAAGAUCCAGAACAAGACGGGCGUGGCGCGCUGCGACGUCAACGGCAACGGCGCGCCGAUCCCGAGCAUAUCGCGCGGCGCCACGGCAUGCGCGGCCACGGCGACGAGCACGGGAAAGGCUGGAGGCAGCAGCGGUGCCGGCGUGGGCGCAACGCCCAGUCCCAGCUCGACAUCGAAACACAACGCGGCAGCUGGCAUCGUGGGGUCUUCGGUCUUUGGCGGGCUAGCGAUGGCUGUUGCGGGAGCUUUGGCUUUGUAG